AUGGCUAAUACCUCCGACGAAAUGCGACAAUACCGCGAGGCAUUUUCUUUGUUCGACAAAGAUCAUGAUGAUAUCAUAGCACCUCAAGAACUAGGUGUUGUUCUUCGUUCAUGUGGUUUAUCGCCAUCGGAAGCUGAUUUACAAAAGAUUCAGCAACAAGUCGGCCGGAAAAUUGAUUUCAACACUUUCGUUCGUGUUGCUCAGGAUUUCAGAGCAAAUCAUCGAGAAACAGAAGAUGAUAUUCGUGAAGCAUUUCGAGUGUUUGACAAAGAUGGAACUGGUUAUGUUAGUGUAUCGGAACUGAAACACGCGAUGAUCUCAUUAGGUGAACGACUUUCGGAAGAAGAAGUUGACGAAUUGAUUCGCGAAGCAGAUAUCGAUGCCGACGGACGAUGUAAUUGUGAAGAUCUCAAAUCGAGUUCCAGUGGAAAUUCGAAGAAUUUUGUUAUUGAUCCAAACGAAAAAGUCGUGCCAAAAGAUGAAAUUUUCUCUUUUAUUGUUCGAUGUAUGUUGAAAGUUGAUACGCGUCCUUCCCAUGCUGAAGUCUUAGCGGAUAAUUUAAGUAUGGCAGACUAUCGAGGUCAUUAUAGUCAUGGUCUUAACCGGCUUGAUAUGUAUGUGAAUGAUAUCAGAAAUGAAACGACGGCGAAAGACGGAGAUCCAGUUAUUCUUAAAGAAUCGCCUGGAACAGCAUUGGUUGAUGGACAGAAUUUAUUAGGGCCGUAUGUCGGAAAGUUUUGUAUGAAUCUAGCUAUGGAAAAAGCAAAAAAAAUUGGGAUUGGAUUAGUUGCUGCGCGUCGGUCAAAUCAUUUUGGUAUUGCGGGUUAUUAUUCAUUAAAAGCAGUCGACAAUGAUCUUAUUGGAUGGGCUUUUACUAAUACAAGUCCAUUAGUUGUGCCAACACGUUCCAAAGCUCAAUCCUUAGGAACGAAUCCAAUCGCUUUUGGAGCACCGGCUCGAAAUGGCGAUAGCUUUGUUCUUGAUAUGGCAACGUCGACUGUAGCAUUGGGAAAAGUUGAAAUAAGUCAAAGACGAGGUUCUGAUAUUCCUAAUACAUGGGGUGUAAAUGCAGAAGGUGUUCCAGUGACAAAACCACAAGAAGUGCAAGGCUUACUAGCUUUGGGUGGCCCAGAAGAAUCAUCUGGCUACAAGGGUUACGGUUUAGCCAUGAUGGUUGAAAUUCUUUGUGGAAUUCUAUCAGGGAGUCAUUUUGGUCCAUGGAUUCGUUCAUGGAAAUCGGGUACAAGUGAAGCAAAUCUGGGCCAAUGUUUCAUCGCUAUUAAUCCCAAUGCAUUCGAAGAUGAUUUCGAUCAGCGUUUGCAAAAGUUAAUCAACUAUUGUCGAUCAUUACCACCCACAGAAACUGGCAAACCAGUUUUGAUUGCUGGCGAUCCAGAACGAGCCCAUAUGGCUCUAUGUGAUAAACUUGGCGGUAUUCCAUACCCUCCAUCGCAAAUUGAAUUUUUACGUAGUUUAGCACGGUCACUAAAAGUUGAUCUACCAAAUAUUCAAUGA